UCGAACGAUAAGAGCACGAUAGUAUCAUUAAUAGUAGCAAAACCAUCGAUACUACUGCCAUCGACGGUUUGACAACUCCAUUUUGGUGUGUGUGAGCAUUGUGCGCGGUUGAGAAAAAUCUUUGAACCUCAUCGGAUUUUGUUUAAUAAAAAAUAAACGAAAUGGAGCAUCAUACAUACACUAAAAGUGACUCGAAAUCAUGGACCGUAGAGCAGACGCGCCGCCUGGUGACAAAGCGCAUAAGUGCGGAUCAUAUGUUCAAGAAACCCUCGCUGCGGAGCGAUCGGGAUUGGAAGGCUUUUAAGGAAACGGCUAAGAUCGAUGAUUUUGAUGGGAAAGAACUGCGAAAUAAAUGGCAAGCCCUAUUGCAAGUCUAUCUCAAUAUGAGAAAUGGCAUCAGUGCGCCAAUCACCAAUCAGAUCAUCGCAGCAAUCAACGAGAAAUGGGAGUUUUUCGGUGAAAUCCAUCAAUUCAUGAUCAAGAAGAAUGACCAUCAUUCGCAUGCACAGAAUGCGACGAAUGAUCUGAAUGCGCAGUCGAAAGUGACUAAGCAGGUAACCAAAAACGUAACCAUCGAAGUGGCACCGGAAAUUGUGCCCCCAAGUCCUAAAACUCCAAAAAUGGUGGUGCAGAUAAAGACGGAAAUGGGUGAAGAUGCGAACGACAAUGGGGUGGAGGUCGUCGUCGCACCUGAACCAUUUGUUUUCAUUCCUGAGACAGCGAAAAACGUGCCACCAAAUCAGCAGGACAACGCCAAGGAAGUCGAGGGCGAGAAGGGUUUCAUAGCCCCAACAAAGAAUAAGACGGCAAAUCGUUUUUUGACUCCGCCAAUAGGGGAGAGAGGGCAGGUAACCAAAAACGUAACCAUCGAAGUGGCACCGGAAAUCGUGCCCCCAAGUCCUAAAACUCCAAAAAAGGUGGUGCAGAUUAAGACGGAAAUAGGUGAAGAUGCGAACGACAAUGGGGUGGAGGUCGUCGUCGCACCUGAACCAUUUGUUUUCAUUCCUGAGACAGCGAAAAACGUGCCACCAAAUCAGCAGGACAACGCCAAGGAAGUCGAGGGCGAGAAGGGUUUCAUAGCCCCAACAAAGAAUAAGACGACAAAUCGUUUUUUGACUCCGCCAAUAGGGGAGAGAGGGCCACUCUCGCAAUCUCUGCCCCCCACACCGUCCGAUGAAUACGACAAAACCUCGGCUCAGCCCAAAGCUCGUAAGUCUCGCAAGCGUCCGGCUGAAGAGGAACUCUGCGAGAAUCAUAAGUACUGCAGACAUCGCUGUCGCUAUUUUCAGCUUAUGGAGAAGCAUCUCAUGGCAUUGGGCCGGGCUGUGAGUAAAAUUGUGAUCCCUUUGGCCACAUUUCUAGAUGUUGAGAUCGAGGUGACGGGUCUAGAGGAGUUUUUUGCAGCCGACUCGGAGCCAUCGCAGGUUGGCAGUGACAGUAGCACUGAAGAGGACUCCGAUCAGUAAUAAACAAAAGAUCGAAACAGAGUAUUCGGCGAGUAGUCUAUAAGUAAUGAAGAAGAGGAACCCAAGGCAGAGCCAAAGAAGCUCCCACUGAAACUGGGUCCACGUUUUUGUUAUCCCCUCAUAUUAUCUGUAUUUUUUUUUUUUUUUUUUUUGUGUUAGUUCCUAGUUGCUGCCCCGCAAAGGAGUUUGUGAAAAUCAGGAAUAAACCAAGGGUCGAAACAGAGUAUUCGGCGAGUAGUCUAUAAGUAAUGAAGAAGAGGAGCCUAAGGCAGAGCCAAAGAAGCUACCACUGAAACAGGGUCCACGUUUUUGUUAUCCCCUCAUAUUAUUUGUAAUUUUUUUUUUUUUUUUUUUUUUUUGUGUUAGUUCCUAGUUGCUGCCCCGCAAAGGAGUUUGUGAAAAUCAGGAAUAAACCAAGGGUCGAAACAGAGUAUUCGGCGAGUAGUCUAUAAGUAAUGAAGAAGAGGAGCCCAAGGCAGAGCCAAAGAAGCUACCACUGAAACAGGGUCCACGUUUUUGUUAUCCCCUCAUAUUAUUUGUAAUUUUUUUUUUUUUUUUGUGUUAGUUCGUAGUUGCUGCCCCGCAAAGGAGUUUGUGAAAAUCAGGAAUAAACCAAGGGUCGAAACAGAGUAUUCGGCGAGUAGUCUAUAAGUAAUGAAGAAGAGGAGCCCAAGGCAGAGCCAAAGAAGCUACCACUGAAACAGGGUCCACGUUUUUGUUAUCCCCUCAUAUUAUUUGUAAUUUUUUUUUUUUUUUUUGUGUUAGUUCCUAGUUGCUGCCCCGCAAAGGAAUGCGUGCAAAAGACUUAUAAAUAAGAAACGAAAAAGAAAAGACUAUUACUCGUAUUGACUAAAAACGUUAUCGAAAUUUAAGAAAGAAAAAAAUACACACUGAUAGAUAGAUGCUGUUGAAUCGUUAAGCAAAGACUAGAUUUAAUGUUACAAGAAAGAAGGAAACAGAAAAGCUACACAUCAAAUGUUGGAGAAGAAAGGAAACGAAAAAUAAUACAGAAAGCUGGAUAGAGAAUAAACAACAACAUCGAACAUAAUAGCAAUAGAUAUUACAACGAAUUGUUAAACAAAUCAAAAUCAAGAAGAAGAGAACGCAACCGAACAAAA